AUGUCCGCCCAAGACGCCCAGCCAGUCGCUGCUCCCGACUCUACCCUCCAGACUCCCGCCCUCUCUCCCUCCAACUCUGCUGGACCAUCUCCCGCGUUCUCGACUCUUUUGCAAUCUCCCGCGGUAUCUGAAUUCAGCUUGGAGAAUGAGAAUCCGUUCGAUCGACUCUCAGCGGUCAGCAAGGAAGUCAUGCCAGAAUGCUGGGGCCACCGAGGUGCUAGUGCUUCGUUCCCCGAGAAUACCAUCGCGUCCUUUGUCGAGGCUUGCAAGGCUGGUGCCGACGGUCUCGAGACUGAUAUUCAUAUGACUACCGACAAUGUGCUCGUUAUGUUCCACGACCCCGAGCUUGAGAGGACUACCGAUGGUGAAGGGCGUAUCGAUAAGCUCCCCUGGAAGGGCGUCUUGGAACACGUGAAAACCAAGGACAAGCCCCACCAGCCCAUCCCCCAGUUCACACAAAUGAUCGAGCUUAUCCUACAGCCCGCAAACUCUCGUGUCAAGAUCAACCUUGACCUCAAAGUUGAGAACGACCCGGUACGACUGUUUGGGCUCAUCAAGAGCGUGCUCGAGAGCUAUGAAGGUUGGCAGGAAAAGUUGGCGCCGAGGAUCAUCCUUGGGAUCUGGCAUCCCAAGUUUAUCGUCCCCGCUACGACCAUCCUCCCCUACCUCCCCCGCUACGCCAUCUCCAUGGACCUCCUUCAGGCCCGUAAAUACUUCUUCACCUCCAGCCAUGGCUUCUCCAUCCACUACCCGAUGCUCGCUUCCAAUGAAGGCGCCAAAUUCCGCAAAGAAUGCAAGGCAAAUGGAAAGAAGAUCUGUGUGUGGACGGUGAAUGAUCCGGAGGAGAUGCGGAUGUGUGCGAGGUGGGGUGUGGAGAGUGUUAUCACCGAUAAGCCGGAUGUUUGGAGGGCUAUCAAGCUUGAUAUUGAGACAGAUAGGGCCAAGGCGCUUAAGCCUACGCUCCAGACUUACAUCAAGCCAUUCCUCUCCAAGAAGAAUUGGUGGUUCGACUACCAACGUCUGGCCCGUGAAGAGACCGAGUACCUCGAACGCGAAGCUGGUACUUUCGACAUCCAAGUCCCGCAUGUCGACAUGGGCAUCGCCGACCCCAACGAAUAA